CCGCUGUGUGGACUUUAUGUCUCCGAACCAUCUUUAGCCGCAAUUUGAAAAUGUCCAAGUUAAAGGAGUCCAGCACUUGUCCGGACGGCUACAGGGCUCUGAGCACCGGCGAGCUGCAGGAGCUUUUACAAAACGACGACAAAAUGGACCAAAUCAUUCGCCUCAAUGAGAAGUUCCAGGACCUUCAAGUGGACAGGGAGACGCUGCUGACCUCCAACCGGAGCCUGGCUGAGGAGAGCCUUGCUCGACGACCCCGCCUUAAUAACGGCAAACUCCAACUGGCGGAGAAAUACCGGGAACUGUCCAACCUGGCAACCACAUGCUGGGAAAAACAGAGUCAGCUUGAGGCUCAUGUCCAGAAGCACAGCCUGCAGACAGCGCAGAACCUCCUGCAGGAAGAAGUGGCACGUGCAGAGGAGCAUUCAGAGGAGCUGCUGGAGAAGUUCAUGGAGGGAAACAUAAGCCUGGAUGAGUUCUUGGACUCGUUCCAAAGCUCCAGGAAGACAUAUCACAUCCGCCGGGCUCAAGCAGAGAAAAUGCAGGAGGUUGCUCAGGCCAAGAAGCAGCUGAGCAAAACCAAGAGGUCGGAGGAGAGCAAAGUCCCGGAGGUGAAGAAGGACUCGGAGCAGCCACCGGAGCCUCAGCGGCCCAACGGGUUCGUGGCGCAGGGACCUCUCCGAGUGUUCCAGGUCCGCUACGGCCUCACGCCGGCCAUCCUCCUGCCUCAUUACCCCGUCUCCCCCCCAGCCUCGGCUCCAGGCCACCAGAGCAGUAACCCCCCUCCGGAGCCCCAGCUGGGACAGACCCACAUCCUCAGCCCCAGCACCCCGCUGCCGGGACACGGCCAUCCGGUUGGCCUCAGGGUCAUUGGACAGCUAUCGGGCGGCUGGCCAGCUAACGGGCGGCCGGUGCGAGUGCAGCAGCUUUACAGGCCAAACCCUCAACAGCCCGAACCGCCGUACCGAUAAGCCCGAGGGGUGGGGGGGAGGAUGAAAAGCCGGCUCGAGAGGUCUUCCAAGACGUGGAACCAAACAGUGGCUGUCAAAAUCAUGUAAGCAAAGACUGAUCCAGAGACAGGCAGCACUGCAGACGCCCGUUUCUGUUCUCCAUCCAUGACACACAAAUGUAACCAUCAAGGGAAGCAGAGCAGAGGUAGUGAGGCGGCAGACCACAGAGGCAGGGAGGACUAGGGAUGGGCAGCGAUAGCCACUUCCAAUAUGGAUCCGGUAAACCAGUCUAUUGGAUCUCUACUUAUUCUUUCUCAUUUGUGGAAAACACACAGGAAGCAGCUUCUCGUAUCUGCUUAAAAUGACACACAUCUCCGGCUGCAGCUUGUCUCAGCUGCAGCUAAUAAAAGUUUAUUUGUAAGCUAAAGUGGUUCAGCCAGAGAUGGGAACUUGUGCAAGAACAUACACAUUUUUCAGUGACAUCUCUCCAUAAAAGUUCGACAACAGAUUCCUUACAUACUCCAAACUGCACAGAAUUGUGUUAAAUUGCUUGUUUCAGCCUGUUGUUGGGGAGGUUUAAAAAAUUAUCACGAACAUCAUAAAAAUGUUACCAAAGAAGAAAAAUCACAACUCAGACCUGAAAGGUUGAGAGAAGUGGAAUUAGAAACCCUGAACUAUCAGAAAUAUUAAGAGUAAGCCACCAACAACUGUGAUACAAAUAAAAACUUAAUAUGAUGCCAGAUGCUAAAAACGUCUCUUUAAAGCAAAGCGGCUCUCGACUGAAAUUUCAGGUCAUCUGACAGUUACAGAAAUAUCAAAGCCCUUUUCAGACAUGUGAUACGUAACAUUGCUGCUUCAUGACUGUGUUAAAAUGGCGGCAUUCUGUUAUUUAAAUUUAUGUUACAUUUAUGUUCCUCAUGGCUUCAUUCAGACUCAUGAGCUGUGUUACCAUAAUGUAUUUUUAAGUGCAUUUUGAAGUAUCACGUUCAUGCAAAUGGAAAAAAAAAAUUUAAAAAGCAUAAAGCGUAAAAAAAUGAAAAAGUGUAAAGAUUUUAAAAAUCUUUACGCUUGCUUGAGGUAGCUUUUGACUUACGAAAAAAAUUAAUGCGCAUAAUGUGAGAUGGAAAUGAACAUUUAACUUACAUUGAAGAUGAGCUGUUUCUGCUUCUUUCAUUGUCUUUGGCAGCUGAAACAUGGCCAAUAGUAGCUGGCAUGAAAGAAUAAUUCACAACUCUCCUGAAUUAUAUAAAUUUCUGAAGAUUUUCCUCCAUUUUUAGCUCGUAGACAGACUUGUUUGUGUUUUCUUCCUACUUUAUGUGUUUUUGGUGAUUGGCACACAGUUGGUUUUGUUCCUGCCUUCUUCUGCUUCGAGUAAAUUUUGCAACAUUUCAAAAUUUCACUUCAGAUUUGCUUGACAAUUAUAUGGAAACACGGUUUGCAGGCAAGAUUUGGCUGCAUAUCAGAGUUUAAGCAGCUACUAAUUAAAGACUAAAAAUAGCCUAAUAAAACUAUCCAACAAAGUAUUCAUAUCAUGAAUAUCAAACACGUGUUACAGAUCAACAACCGUUGUGAGAUGUUCAUAUUAAUGGUUGCAGUAAUGCUACUAUCAAGACAGGCAGCUUUCUUCUUGUCCCCAGACACCAUGCUGAAUUUGUGUGCCCUUCCAUUAAUGCAGUUCAAACUAAUGUUUCUAAGUCUGACCUGGUCGCAACUUUACAGAAAAGUGAGCAGAGAUCUCAUUGAAACACGAAGCCGCCAGAUUCAAAUGCUGUCAGAUUAUUGGAAAGGAGCACACGUCUGAAAGGGGUUGCAACCUGCAGCAGGUGGAGUUACCUUGUCAGGUGUUGUAACGGAAGGUGAUUGAGGACAGAAACCUGCAAAAACCACCUGACGAAGCUGUUUUCUGAGAUUAUCUGAGAGAAUUUACUCAACAACUACUGAAAUGUAUAUAUUUGUGCUGAAAUAUACCAAUAAAAUCUAAAAAAAAAAUUAAAUCUCAGUAAAUUGGCAUUUACUAUGAUAACAUGGUGUAAAUUAAAGUUUCAUUUGUGUUUUAUUUCAGCUAAUUUUGGCAUCAUAUUUGAACCUCAGGUUCGUUCAGAUUCAGGUCAAAUAUAUGUUUCAUCCUCUGUGGAGAAAAAGAAGACAAUGUAUGUCAGACUGCUUGUGCAUUACAUUCGCAAGUCGCUCAUCUGUGCCAUUUAAGAACAAAUCUGUGUUUUGUAUUGUUUUUUGGGUUUUUUUGCAUGAGCUCUGUUCUGCAUUGUUCUGCAACGCAACCAUGCUGCCACUGUGGAUUGCGUUUCAUAGCUCACAGUUUCUCCACAGAAGUGAUGAGUUGAUUAACAAGCUCCUCGUUAAAAAUACCUUGAAUAUUUGCAGCGAGUAGCUGGUGAAGUACAGUAGCCUGCAGCAGUUAAUUCAAUGUGUCAGAUACAUUUAAUUAACAUUUCAUAUGUUACGCUGCUUGUCUCAUUUCCAUUAAUUAGGCUGCCAAUAAAACCUGUAGUGUUUCUCCUUUCUCAGCCAACAAAAGCUGAUUAAACAUCUCAGAGUUGUUGUUUUAACCUUUAGUUGCUGGAGAUAAGAUUCGACUCGGUGCUGGAUUUCGACAAAACGCUAUCGAACCCCAUCCCUAGUGAGAAGACAGAAGUUUGCAUUGUUAUUUCUAAUUAUAUUUUAUAAUUUACACUGAUGGAUGUGAAGCACAGGGUUGUGAAGCACAUCUACGACGCUGGAGGGGAGGGAAAAAAAAGGAUCUCAUUGUUCAUUCAUACAGCUUAGGACAGAGAGAGGCUUUGUCAGAUACGAGGAGUCAUCAAAAUGAACGAUGACAUCAAUAAAGUGGCGUUUAAUAUAAACUCUCAUUGUUUUUCAUCUUACCAAAUAACGCAGUGACAUUCACACUUGGAAUCAUUCCCGAGAUCAUUAAUGCUGAUACGAGAUCACUGCCGAGCAAAUAUCAAACAAAGACAUACUGCAGAGCAGUGCAGGUGGUAUUUAUUAAUAAUUUCCCGGACUAUAACCUGUCAAUAUUAUUUGCAAUGUCAUGUGUGUUUGAAUUACGGUCGAUUACCCAAAGCCUUCUGCCUUCUUGUGCAAUUUCAUUAACAGUGUUGCGGCUCGCACCAGUGAGCGAUUUAUUUAUUCAUGUAAAUCCUAUUUUAAAUGGCUGACUUCAAAGCGUCUUGUUUACCGUGCUAAAUGAAGAGCCGCUUCUCCUUUCAAGGCAGCCAGUGUUUUUAUUUCUCCCUCCAAGUGAGCUGCAGAGUGAGGGGAAUUUAAUCUCUAUGAGAAUGCCAGCGCUCUGCGAGCCCACAGUCCAAUCACAAGGAGGUUUAGGAGGUUUCCUUCUUCAUUUCAUUCUCCUUUUUCCUCAUCAUCCAUCCUGCAGCCUUUAAAAGGAAAAGCUUCAGAUUGUAGUUGCAAUGAUUCUGUUCUUGAACGUACAUUUCGCUUAUAAAUAACUCAUAAGUGCAUGCUUACUACAGCUUGACAAAGUACAUGAAAAUGCCUUUUACAGGCCAGUGCCCAGUUGCAUAAAACAUCUUCCACUGUAAGGAAAUCGUUUUAAUUUAACUUGGAAAACAUCCUUAAAUAAGUAAGGAUGCAUUUCAAGGCUCUGAGGAUUUCUUUAAAGGGGAAAUCCUGUCGGUUUUUUGUUUGUUUGUUUGUUUUUUUCUUACAACUAGGGUCACAUUUUUGUAAUUUCAGCUGUCUUUUCUGUCUAAUAACAUGCAGAAAGUAAAAUCCCAAACUUCUCAAUAAAACUAACACAGAUUUACUCCAAAUUCAUUUCGGUAACUCUGCAAACAACUUUGCACUGCAGCUCUCUCUUCUGAAAGGUUAAUGUUUGCAUCCCUACAAGUAAAAGAAGGCCUUGUUAACUGAAGUAGAAAGCAACAAAAGGUCACUUACAAGAUCGCGUAUUACCUGGAAUUUAAACUGACCAACCAAUGCUUCUGUCAAAGACAUGCAGCUUCUGUUACAAACUAAUGAGCUAUAUAGAUGCUUUUUACAUUAUUAGCCUUGUUUUCUGUGUUUUUAUGUCUGUUUUGCAUUUUUGUGUUCUUAUUUAUUAUGAGGUAAACAAUUAAAUAAACAAAACAUAAGUUGUCAGACACGUUGUUAAGAAGAUUAUCCAAAUUUAUUUGAAACAGAAAAAGAUUUUCCUUAAAUUCUCCUUUUUAUUGCUGCCUUGUUUUUGUGUUAUGACUGAUAAAAAAGUGAUGGCUAAAACUCUGACAAAAAGAUCUGGCUGUUCUUUUAAAGUCUGUCUUCAGGUGCGCAAACAUCCUGAACAAUAAAAAGAGAGAAAUGCGCUUAAGGUACUUUUUUUUUUUUUUUUUUAUUGGUGAAAAAGAUGGAAGUGUGUUUAAAAAAGGGUUUGGUAACAGGUAACACCCAGUAUUCCAUUUUGUUUGUUGACUGCAUGAUAUUUUUGGAGUCAAACCUCAACAUCAGCUUCUUUUCUUCAUUGCUUUCAAUUUUGUUUUUGAAAUUAUGUUCAUUUAAUGUCAUGCCUUUUGAUCACAGAGUUUCAUUAUAUCCUGACAUACCUCUUUUAAUGUGCACAUUAAUUAACACCAGCAACGUGUCGAAAUCACUCUGUUUUUUAAAAUAUAUUUCUUGCAACACCCUUAAAGGAAAAGGAAUACAUUUUGGGACAUAUGUUUGUGAGUCAGUUAAAAAAAGAUUCAUAUUAACUUCAUGUCUGCUUUAAUAUGAAGUUAGGAAAAGGAACCAGUUUCACAAGGAUGUAGAAGACUUCUGUGUGGUGUUGGAUUAGUCUGAAUUGUUCUCAUAGAUUACUCUCCUACAUGUUAGUUUCACAAGGACAGCUUCUAAGUUAGUCACACCUCCAGGAUAAGUUACUGACUAGGAUGUUUCCAAACUCCUCUGUAUUAUCUUCAGCACCAAAUCCUUAGAGCGAUUAGGCGUGUUCUGUGCUAAAAAUUAAAAAUUCUUUUUUAGCAUCUUCCAAAAACACAUUUGUGGAUCUUUUUGAAUGUUUUUCACGCUCUUGUUGAUCAAUUUUCUCAGUAACACAAAUGUUAAAUUCCUCAAAAAGGCAAAUGUUUUUAUCCAGAAUUCAUCACAAAUUAGUUUUGUUUGUGCAACAGAUCCAUUUAGGUGUCUAUAUGAAGACUAAAUGCAUACUCAAAGACUUUCUUUGUGAAAUUGGCCACAGGAGACAGUUAGCUUUCACUUUACCACCUGUUUCCGGUCUUUGUGCUAAGCUAAGCUAACCAGCUGCUGGUUGUGUGUGCUUGGCAUACUGAAAAAGCAUAUUUCCUGAAAUGUUGAUUUCUUCCUUUAACCGCAGCAUCAAAAUGAAAGAAAAUGAAUGUUUAAAAACUUGAUCCGGACGUGAACCUUUGAUGCAUCUGGGCACUGGCUCCAACCAAACUUGCAGUUGUGCAUCCACUCAGGGUCUUAGGGAGGGAAAAAACUGCAGUCUCGCUUGUUAUCCUGUAGCACAGAUGGACCCAGGGUGCCAGUGAGCUCGUACCCAUGGAUGUCAUGUUGCCCCCUUUUACAGGACGCUCUGCCCAUAACACCAUAACACCAAGUCACCUCCUCAGACAUCCCACUGCUGCGUAGAGAUUUUACCGAAUGAACGUUCAAAUGCUGUUACUGCUCAAACUCCUGACAGUGAUUUUUUUUUUUGUAACAGUGCUGUCUGAAUCCUCCAAAUUCACUGUUUUUUUGUUUUUUUUUAUUCAGACCUGAUGGAUGCUUAUGUGUUUGGAAUAUCCUGAUGUAAAGUGCUUGUUUCUGCGA